CAAAAAGAAGCGCGAAAAUACCAAAAAGCAGCUGCUAGGGCUCUACAAGGAAUUGCGCGACAGGGAUGAAAUUCCGAUCGAGGAUCAUAAACGGUUCCGCGAGUGGGGUCGAAAGAAUCUAGGGAGCAAGAAGAAAAGACAAGCCCGGAAAGAAAAAGCUGACGCGGGCAAUGCCGAAGUAGAAUAAGGAUGAUGGUCGAAUCAAUCUGUCACGGACAUGAAUGCGCGCUAGAUGAUUCCCUUCCGCCUUCAAGCGCACGGCCUCGGUCAUUGGACGGCUUGCAGAGCGACUCACUUUGGGCCAGCCUGAUUACAACUGUUUACCAGCUUCUCGGCAACAGGAGUCCGCACGACAGACGCUUGGCGGGUAUAAUUAAUGCGCAGUGGUCUACGCCCAGAUUUUGAUUUUGCGUGUGCUUUUCUACUGCGUCUUUCCGUCUAUAUUCUUUCGUCAAGGAACAUGAUCUGGUGGUUCCGAAGAAUGAGCUGAGAUCUUUCUUACACGAUACCUGUUAACAUGUGUCGUGUCAUACUCGCCUAUUUGAUUUCGUACGAUAUCCACUUCAGGAUACCCUCUUGCGGCAAGUGCGAUUUCUUCUUCGGUUCCUGCGGGCAACAGCGC